AUGGCAAGUCAAAUGAUGUGGCCUGUGCUGCUUUUGGGCAUGAUAAGGGUGACUCCACAGGUGACAAGACCCCUCUACCCAAUUGCUGGAAUUUUAAGCUCUGGCUCAGACGAUGGAAGUUCUCCUCAAAUUCCCCUGCAACGACCUUUUGUGUAUUUCGGACGGUCGUAUAAUCAGAUUUAUGUAAACAACAAUGGAUAUCUGACCUUUAACUCACCAUGGGAUAACUACACACCUGAAAGGUUUCCAUUGCAUGAAUCCAGAGACAUCAUCGCUCCAUUCUGGACAGAUUUAGACAACAGAAGAAAUGGUCAGAUCUACUACAAUCAAUACACCCGCGGCAGUGUCCUCCAACAAGCUACACGAGACAUUAAUGGGUACUUCCCAGAGUUGAACUUCAAUGCCAACUGGGUCUUUGUUGCAACAUGGUAUAAGGUGGCCUACUAUACAGAUAUAAAAGCACGAACAACGGUGCAAGCAGUCCUGAUAUCUGGUGGCCGGCUGUCAUUUGUGCUGAUGAACUACGGGAGGAUAGCCUCCACAACUCUGACAGUACAGGCUGGAUAUGACUCAAUCAACUCCAAUCAUUUCAUCAUCCCUGGAUCGUUCUCUAACACUGCAUCAGGCAGUAACUCAAAUUUCCUGAGCAGCAAUGUCAAUGUACCCGGUCGCUGGGCUUUCCGGACGGACCAUGAAUCAAGAGGCUGCACUUUCAAUGGUCAGAAGGUGCAGCUGGGUGACUCAUUCUGGAGCGACAAAACCUGUGCACAGAAGUGCACCUGCACCUCAGCAGGCCUGCAGUGUCACAGCCAACCCUGCUCCUUUUCCCAAAUCUGCAAACAUGCUAGCUUUCAGUUCUCCUGCCAGACGGUGCAGAGAGGCACGUGCACCAUAAGUGGUGAUCCACAUUACUAUACCUUCGAUAACAGAGUGUUUCACUUUCAGGGCACCUGCACUUAUGUUCUCUCUGAACUAUGUCAUCGUGGGUUGCCCUACUAUAGAGUAGAGGGAAAAAACGAGCACCGGGGCAGCACUCGAGUCUCUUGGACAAGACUGGUCAAAGUGCAUGUCUAUAAUGAAAUAAUCGAGCUUGUCAAGGGACGUCAUGGGGAGGCUAAGGUUAAUGGAGUCUUUGCAGCGACUCCAAUCUCUCUUAACAAUGGCACCAUCCAGGUUUAUGAGUCAGGUUUUUCUGUGAUCAUCACUACUGACUUUGGAUUGGAAGUAUCCUAUGAUGCCUACCAUUAUGUUAGGAUCAGUGUGCCCUAUACUUACCAGCAGUCAUUGUGUGGCCUGUGUGGAAACUUCAACAAUAAUCCCAAAGAUGACUUUCGAACCCGCCGAGGCAAGGUUGUGAGCUCUGAUGUGGUUUUUGGCAACAGUUGGCAAGCAUCAGGAGACAAUGAGCCUGGUUGUGAGCCACAGUGUGGAGGUCUGGACUGCGCUGCAUGUACUGAGGAUCAUACAGCAUUCUACAGCAAUACUGCCCAUUGCGGUAUCCUUCAGAGUAGUUCUGGACCUUUUGCUACUUGCCAUGAACGACUUCCCCCACAGACCUUUGUGGAGAGUUGUGUGUUUGAUCUGUGUGUAGUAGGAGGGUACCAACCCAUUCUGUGCCAAGCCCUAAAUGUGUAUGCAAGUCAGUGUCAACUGAAUGGUGUACACCUGCCAAGCUGGCGCAGACAAGACUUCUGUGAAAUCAUCUGCCCAUUAAACAGCCACUUUGAGUCCCAAGGCACAGGAUGUCCAGCUACCUGUGUCCAUCCCAAUUCCACAUACAACUGCCCUCUUCCUGCCCAGGAUAGUUGCAUCUGCAAUUCAGGCUACAUCCUUAGUGCUGGGCUCUGCGUCCCUCAUGCUGAGUGUGGCUGCAGCUUUGAUGGUCGUUACUACCGCUCUGGAGAAACUGUAAUACUAGACGAGGACUGUGGGAGACGUUGUAGCUGCAGUAUUGGCUCCAUGACUUGCAGCUCCCAUAGUUGUGGCCAACAAGAGUCUUGUAGGGUGGAGGAGGGAGAAAGAGGAUGCAGACCCAACAGCAAUGCUACAUGCUGGAUAAGGGGCCCAGGGUCUUAUCAGACAUUUGAUGGACUGACAUACCAGUAUCCUGGGGCAUGUCGAUUGACCCUUGCCAAAGUGAUGGGAUUGUCUAAUCACCCGCACUUCAUGGUGACAAUAGAAAAAGUGCCCAGAGGCCAGCAUGAUUUUUCCAGGGUGCUAAAGUUUGAGGCAGAGGGAAGGCAAAUAUCCAUUGAAAUGACAGGUAGCAGCAAAGUUCAGGUUGACGAUCAGUUGAUCAGACUUCCCUUGAGCCCAGAAUACAACGGAUUCCAAAUCUACCACAGCAGUAUUCACAGUAUCAUUCUUCGCACCUCCUUUGGUGUAACUGUCCAGACAGUUUGGCCUCACUUUGUGCGUGUCACUGUACCUGGUGUCUACAAAGAUUUACUGGGUGGACUCUGUGGUAAUUACAAUAGUCACCCUCAUGAUGACUUUCGCACACCCAAUGGCGUCCUGGUCAACAGCUCUCAGGACUUUGGAGACAGUUGGCGAGAUGGCUCCCUCGCUGCACACUGCGUGGAAAGUGUAAAUCAUAACUCUACAACAAAUUACAAUUCUAGCGAGCACUGUGGCAUUCUUGACUCCCCACAUGGGCCAUUUGCUCAGUGUUGGGCCAUGGUGGACCCUCGGCAGCAUAUGGAUUCAUGUGCAGAGAUAAUAAUGGCCUCAAGAGAUCCAGCAUCAGCGCUAUGUGAGGUCCUACGUGAUUAUGCACUAAUGUGUCAACAGAAGGGCGUUGCCCUAGAAUACUGGAGGAAUGCAACUGACUGUGAGAAAAACUGCCCUCACAACAGUCAUUAUGAAUUCUGUGGAAGCUCUUGUCCUUCGACCUGCCCCAGCCUCUCCUUGCCUUUCGUCUGUGACACGGUGUGCCAGGAGGGUUGCCAGUGUGAUGAUGGUUUUGUCCUCAAUGGCAAUCAGUGCGUAAUACCAACAGCGUGUGGAUGCAAUCGCCACGGACGCUAUCGGCAAGCGGGCGAAAGAUUCUGGGAUGAUGAAGACUGUCAGAGGUCGUGUACUUGUGAUGGUACUACUGGGGCUGUCCACUGUAUCCUCAACUCCUGUGGUCCCCAGGAGUCCUGUCGUGUGGUGGAUGGUGAAUUUGGCUGCCAUCCCAAUCCUCAUGGCACCUGCUCUGCAAAUGGUGACCCUCACUACCUAACCUUUGAUCACGAGGCCUUUGACUUCCAGGGAACCUGCCGUUAUGUUUUGGCAACCCUUUGUAAUGACACCGAUGGGCUUCAUCAAUUUUCAGUGUCGGUGAAGAAUGAGCAGUGGAGAGGGUUGCCAGUGUCAAUCACAGCUGAAGUUUUUGUAAAUGUGUGGGGCUACCAAGUGCAUCUGUCGAGAAACAGCCACGGUGUCGUUCAGGUAAAUGGAGAAACUAAAAAUCUACCAGUUAUCUUAAACGGAGAUCAUGUGAUUGUCUAUGCAAGUGGAUCUAGGACAUUUGUCAAUGUUGAUUUUGGCCUGCGUGUCACCUACAAUGGCAGGAGUAAAGUGUCCAUCUCUGUGCCUUCAAAUUACAGAGGAAAAACAUGUGGACUUUGUGGAAACUUUAAUGGAAAUCAAAAUGAUGAGUUCCACACCCCAUCUGGAAUGAUGGUCACCACUCCACAGGAGUUUGGGACAGCUUGGAAAGUGGCAGGAAACGACAUCUGCAGUGAUGGGUGUGGCUCCUCUUGCCCACAAUGCACCAAUGACCUACCUGCUAGAGCCCAAUGUGAUUUGAUUCAAGCAGCAGACGGCCCACUCAGCUUCUGCCAUGAGCAGGUGGACCGAGCACCAUAUUUCAAUGACUGUGUGUUCGAUGUAUGUGUUGGAGGAAAUGAUCUUCUAUGCGAUGCCAUUCAAACAUACGUCAGUGCCUGUCAAUCUGCUAACGUUCAAAUCUACCCUUGGAGACAGAAAAUCAACUGCAGUCUUGACUGUGAAACAGCCAUUCCCAACAGCCAUUAUGAGCUAUGUGGUACCGACUGUGGCCACACCUGUGCCAGUAGCAUUGAUAUCACCUGUGGGCUGGUUUGCUCUGAGGGAUGUUUCUGUGAUAAACAUUUUCUCAGGAGUGGGACAAAGUGUGUCCCAGAGGAAAGCUGUGGCUGUCAAUAUGACGGCUCCUACUAUCAAGCUGGUGACUCCUUCUGGACAGAGGGUUGCUCACAGCGAUGUGAAUGCCAUGCUCCCAAUGACCUGCGCUGUUCUGCUGCAUCUUGCACUUCAACCCAAGAGUGCACCAUCAGGAAUGGCCAGCUGGGCUGCUUUGAUAUGUCCACUUGCACUGUGUGGGGGGACCCACACUACAUCACCUUUGAUCACAAGGCCUACAACUUCCAGGGAACCUGCCGUUAUGUGUUGGCGACUCUUUGUAAUGACACUGAUGGGCUCAAUGACUUUUCAGUGGAGGCUAAGAAUGAGCAGUGGAGAGGGUUGACAGUUUCAACUAUAGCCGAAGUUUUUGUAAAUGUGUGGGGCUAUCGAGUGCAUAUGUCGAGGGAGAGCCACGGUGUGGUACAAGUGAAUGGAGUAACUAAAACCUUACCCAUUCUCUUGAAUGGAAGUCGAGUUUCUAUCUAUGCAAUUGGAUCUCACACAUUCCUCAGUGCUGAUUUUGGCCUGACUAUCAAGUAUGAUGGACGGUAUACAGUGUCUAUCACUUUGCCUUCAAGUUACAGAGGAAAAACAUGUGGACUUUGUGGAAACUACAAUGGAAAUCCAAAUGAUGAGUUCCACACCCCAUCUGGAAUGAUGGUCACCACUCCACAGGAGUUUGGGACAGCUUGGAAAGUGGCAGGAGACUACACCUGCAGUGAUGGGUGUGGCUCCUCUUGCCCACAAUGCACCAAUGACCUACCUGCUAGAGCCCAAUGUGAUUUGAUUCAGGUGGCUAACGGCCCCCUCGGCUUCUGCCAUGAGCAGGUGGACCCAACGUCAUAUUUCAAUGACUGUGUGUUCGAUGUAUGUGUUGGAGGAAAUGAUCUUCUAUGCGAGGCCAUUCAAACAUACGUCAGUGCCUGUCAAUCUGCUAAUGUUCAAAUUCACCCAUGGAGACAGAACACCAAGUGCAGUCUUGACUGUGAAACAAUCAUGCCCAACAGCCAUUAUGAGCUAUGUGGAAACGACUGUGGCCACACCUGUGCUAGCAGCAUUGAUGCCAGCUGUGGGCAGGCUGGUACCUCCUUCUGGACCGAGGGUUGCUCACAGCAAUGUGAAUGCCAUGCUCCCAAUGACCUGCGCUGUUCUGCUGCAUCUUGCACUUCAACCCAAGAGUGCACCAUCAGGAAUGGCCAGUUGGGCUGCUUUGAUAUGUCCACUUGCACUGUGUGGGGGGACCCACACUACAUCACCUUUGAUCACAAGGCCUACAACUUCCAGGGAACCUGCCGUUAUGUGUUGGCGACUCUUUGUAAUGACACUGAUGGGCUCAAUGACUUUUCAGUGGAGGCUAAGAAUGAGCAGUGGAGAGGGUUGACAGUUUCAACUAUAGCCGAAGUUUUUGUAAAUGUGUGGGGCUAUCGAGUGCAUAUGUCGAGGGAGAGCCACGGUGUGGUACAAGUGAAUGGAGUAACUAAAACCUUACCUAUUCUCUUGAAUGGAAGUCGAGUUUCUAUCUAUGCAAUUGGAUCUCACACAUUCCUCAGUGCUGAUUUUGGCCUGACUAUCAAGUAUGAUGGACGGUAUACAGUGUCUAUCACUUUGCCUUCAAGUUACAGAGGAAAAACAUGUGGACUUUGUGGAAACUACAAUGGAAAUCCAAAUGAUGAGUUCCACACCCCAUCUGGAAUGAUGGUCACCACUCCACAGGAGUUUGGGACAGCUUGGAAAGUGGCAGGAGACUACACCUGCAGUGAUGGGUGUGGCUCCUCUUGCCCACAAUGCACCAAUGACCUACCUGCUAGAGCCCAAUGUGAUUUGAUUCAGGUGGCUAACGGCCCCCUCGGCUUCUGCCAUGAGCAGGUGGACCCAACGUCAUAUUUCAAUGACUGUGUGUUCGAUGUAUGUGUUGGAGGAAAUGAUCUUCUAUGCGAGGCCAUUCAAACAUACGUCAGUGCCUGUCAAUCUGCUAAUGUUCAAAUUCACCCAUGGAGACAGAACACCAAGUGCAGUCUUGACUGUGAAACAAUCAUGCCCAACAGCCAUUAUGAGCUAUGUGGAAACGACUGUGGCCACACCUGUGCUAGCAGCAUUGAUGCCAGCUGUGGGCAGGUUUGCUCUGAGGGAUGUUUCUGUGAUAAACGUUUUCUCAGGAGUGGGACAAAGUGUGUCCCAGAGGAAAAAUGUGGCUGUCAAUAUGACGGCUCCUACUAUGAAGCUGGUACCUCCUUCUGGACCGAGGGUUGCUCACAGCAAUGUGAAUGCCAUGCUCCCAAUGACCUGCGCUGUUCUGCUGCAUCUUGCACUUCAACCCAAGAGUGCACCAUCAGGAAUGGCCAGUUGGGCUGCUUUGAUAUGUCCACUUGCACUGUGUGGGGGGACCCACACUACAUCACCUUUGAUCACAAGGCCUACAACUUCCAGGGAACCUGCCGUUAUGUGUUGGCGACUCUUUGUAAUGACACUGAUGGGCUCAAUGACUUUUCAGUGGAGGCUAAGAAUGAGCAGUGGAGAGGGUUGACAGUUUCAACUAUAGCCGAAGUUUUUGUAAAUGUGUGGGGCUAUCGAGUGCAUAUGUCGAGGGAGAGCCACGGUGUGGUACAAGUGAAUGGAGUAACUAAAACCUUACCUAUUCUCUUGAAUGGAAGUCGAGUUUCUAUCUAUGCAAUUGGAUCUCACACAUUCCUCAGUGCUGAUUUUGGCCUGACUAUCAAGUAUGAUGGACGGUAUACAGUGUCUAUCACUUUGCCUUCAAGUUACAGAGGAAAAACAUGUGGACUUUGUGGAAACUACAAUGGAAAUCCAAAUGAUGAGUUCCACACCCCAUCUGGAAUGAUGGUCACCACUCCACAGGAGUUUGGGACAGCUUGGAAAGUGGCAGGAGACUACACCUGCAGUGAUGGGUGUGGCCUAUCUUGCCCACAAUGCACCAAUGACCUACCUGCUAGAGCCCAAUGUGAUUUGAUUCAGGUGGCUAACGGCCCCCUCGGCUUCUGCCAUGAGCAGGUGGACCCAACGUCAUAUUUCAAUGACUGUGUGUUCGAUGUAUGUGUUGGAGGAAAUGAUCUUCUAUGCGAGGCCAUUCAAACAUACGUCAGUGCCUGUCAAUCUGCUAAUGUUCAAAUUCACCCAUGGAGACAGAACACCGAGUGCAGUCUUGACUGUGAAAAAGCCAUGCCCAACAGCCAUUAUGAGCUAUGUGGUAACGACUGUGGCCACACCUGUGCUAGCAGCAUUGAUGCCAGCUGCGGGCAGGUUUGCUCUGAGGGAUGUUUCUGUGAUAAACCUUUUCUCAGGAGUGGGACAAAGUGUGUCCCAGAGGAAAAAUGUGGCUGUCAAUAUGACGGCUCCUACUAUGAAGCUGGUGACUCCUUCUGGACUGAGGGUUGCUCACAGCAAUGUGAAUGCCAUGCUCCCAAUGACCUGCGCUGUUCUGCUGCAUCUUGCACUUCAACCCAAGAGUGCACCAUCAGGAAUGGCCAGCUGGGCUGCUUUGAUAUGUCCACUUGCACUGUGUGGGGGGACCCACACUACAUCACCUUUGAUCACAAGGCCUACAACUUCCAGGGAACCUGCCGUUAUGUGUUGGCGACUCUUUGUAAUGACACUGAUGGGCUCAAUGACUUUUCAGUGGAGGCUAAGAAUGAGCAGUGGAGAGGGUUGACAGUUUCAACUAUAGCCGAAGUUUUUGUAAAUGUGUGGGGCUAUCGAGUGCAUAUGUCGACGGGAGAGCCACGGUGUGGUACAAGUGCUGAUUUUGGCCUGACUAUCAAGUACGAUGGACGGUAUACAGUGUCUAUCACUUUGCCUUCAAGUUACAGAGGAAAAACAUGUGGACUUUGUGGAAACUACAAUGGAAAUCCAAAUGAUGAGUUCCACACCCCAUCUGGAAUGAUGGUCACCACUCCACAGGAGUUUGGGACAGCUUGGAAAGUGGCAGGAGACUACACCUGCAGUGAUGGGUGUGGCUCCUCUUGCCCACAAUGCACCAAUGACCUACCUGCUAGAGCCCAAUGUGAUUUGAUUCAGGUGGCUAACGGCCCCCUCGGCUUCUGCCAUGAGCAGGUGGACCCAACGUCAUAUUUCAAUGACUGUGUGUUCGAUGUAUGUGUUGGAGGAAAUGAUCUUCUAUGCGAGGCCAUUCAAACAUACGUCAGUGCCUGUCAAUCUGCUAAUGUUCAAAUCCACCCAUGGAGACAGAACACCAAGUGCAGUCUUGACUGUGAAACAAUCAUGCCCAACAGCCAUUAUGAGCUAUGUGGUAACGACUGUGGCCACACCUGUGCUAGCAGCAUUGAUGCCAGCUGUGGGCAGGUUUGCUCUGAGGGAUGUUUCUGUGAUAACGGUUUUCUCAGGAGUGGGACAAAGUGUGUCCCAGAGGAAAAAUGUGGCUGUCAAUAUGACGGCUCCUACUAUGAAGCUGGUGACUCCUUCUGGACUGAGGGUUGCUCAGAGCAAUGUGAAUGCCAUGCUCCCAAUGACCUGCGCUGUUCUGCUGCAUCUUGCACUUCAACCCAAGAGUGCACCAUCAGGAAUGGCCAGCUGGGCUGCUUUGAUAUGUCCACUUGCACUGUGUGGGGGGACCCACACUACAUCACCUUUGAUCACAAGGCCUACAACUUCCAGGGAACCUGCCGUUAUGUGUUGGCGACUCUUUGUAAUGACACUGAUGGGCUGAAUGACUUUUCAGUGGAGGCUAAGAAUGAGCAGUGGAGAGGGUUGACAGUUUCAACUAUAGCCGAAGUUUUUGUAAAUGUGUGGGGCUAUCGAGUGCAUAUGUCGAGGGAGAGCCACGGUGUGGUACAAGUGAAUGGAGUAACUAAAACCUUACCUAUUCUCUUGAAUGGAAGUCGAGUUUCUAUCUAUGCAAUUGGAUCUCACACAUUCCUCAGUGCUGAUUUUGGCCUGACUAUCAAGUACGAUGGACGGUAUACAGUGUCUAUCACUUUGCCUUCAAGUUACAGAGGAAAAACAUGUGGACUUUGUGGAAACUACAAUGGAAAUCCAAAUGAUGAGUUCCACACCCCAUCUGGAAUGAUGGUCACCACUCCACAGGAGUUUGGGACAGCUUGGAAAGUGGCAGGAGAAUACACCUGCAGUGAUGGGUGUGGCUCCUCUUGCCCACAAUGCACCAAUGACCUACCUGCUAGAGCCCAAUGUGAUUUGAUUCAGGUGGCUAACGGCCCCCUCGGCUUCUGCCAUGAGCAGGUGGACCCAACGUCAUAUUUCAAUGACUGUGUGUUCGAUGUAUGUGUUGGAGGAAAUGAUCUUCUAUGCGAGGCCAUUCAAACAUACGUCAGUGCCUGUCAAUCUGCUAAUGUUCAAAUCCACCCAUGGAGACAGAACACCGAGUGCAGUCUUGACUGUGAAACAAUCAUGCCCAACAGCCAUUAUGAGCUAUGUGGUAACGACUGUGGCCACACCUGUGCUAGCAGCAUUGAUGCCAGCUGUGGGCAGGUUUGCUCUGAGGGAUGUUUCUGUGAAGGUUUUCUCAGGAGUGGGACAAAGUGUGUCCCAGAGGAAAAAUGUGGCUGUCAAUAUGACGGCUCCUACUAUGAAGCUGGUGACUCCUUCUGGACUGAGGGUUGCUCACAGCAAUGUGAAUGCCAUGCUCCCAAUGACCUGCGCUGUUCUGCUGCAUCUUGCACUUCAACCCAAGAGUGCACCAUCAGGAAUGGCCAGCUGGGCUGCUUUGAUAUGUCCACUUGCACUGUGUGGGGGGACCCACACUACAUCACCUUUGAUCACAAGGCCUACAACUUCCAGGGAACCUGCCGUUAUGUGUUGGCGACUCUUUGUAAUGACACUGAUGGGCUCAAUGACUUUUCAGUGGAGGCUAAGAAUGAGCAGUGGAGAGGGUUGACAGUUUCAACUAUAGCCGAAGUUUUUGUAAAUGUGUGGGGCUAUCGAGUGCAUAUGUCGAGGGAGAGCCACGGUGUGGUACAAGUGAAUGGAGUAACUAAAACCUUACCUAUUCUCUUGAAUGGAAGUCGAGUUUCUAUCUAUGCAAUUGGAUCUCACACAUUCCUCAGUGCUGAUUUUGGCCUGACUAUCAAGUACGAUGGACGGUAUACAGUGUCUAUCACUUUGCCUUCAAGUUACAGAGGAAAAACAUGUGGACUUUGUGGAAACUACAAUGGAAAUCCAAAUGAUGAGUUCCACACCCCAUCUGGAAUGAUGGUCACCACUCCACAGGAGUUUGGGACAGCUUGGAAAGUGGCAGGAGAAUACACCUGCAGUGAUGGGUGUGGCCUCUCUUGCCCACAAUGCACCAAUGACCUACCUGCUAGAGCCCAAUGUGAUUUGAUUCAGGUGGCUAACGGCCCCCUCGGCUUCUGCCAUGAGCAGGUGGACCCAACGUCAUAUUUCAAUGACUGUGUGUUCGAUGUAUGUGUUGGAGGAAAUGAUCUUCUAUGCGAGGCCAUUCAAACAUACGUCAGUGCCUGUCAAUCUGCUAAUGUUCAAAUUCACCCAUGGAGACAGAACACCGAGUGCAGUCUUGACUGUGAAACAAUCAUGCCCAACAGCCAUUAUGAGCUGUGUGGUACAGACUGUAAUCACACCUGUGCUAGCAGCAUUGAUGCCAAGUGUGGGCAGGUUUGCUCUGAGGGAUGUUUCUGUGAUGAUGGUUUUCUCAGGAGUGGGACAAAGUGUGUCCCAGAGGAAAAAUGUGGCUGUCAAUAUGACGGCUCCUACUAUGAAGCUGGUGACUCCUUCUGGACUGAGGGUUGCUCACAGCAAUGUGAAUGCCAUGCUCCCAAUGACCUGCGCUGUUCUGCCGCAUCUUGCACUUCAACCCAAGAGUGCACCAUCAGGAAUGGCCAGCUGGGCUGCUUUGAUAUGUCCACUUGCACUGUGUGGGGGGACCCACACUACAUCACCUUUGAUCACAAGGCCUACAACUUCCAGGGAACCUGCCGUUAUGUGUUGGCGACUCUUUGUAAUGACACUGAUGGGCUCAAUGACUUUUCAGUGGAGGCUAAGAAUGAGCAGUGGAGAGGGUUGACAGUUUCAACGACAGCCGAAGUUUUUGUAAAUGUGUGGGGCUAUCGAGUGCAUAUGUCACGGGAGAGCCACGGUGUGGUACAAGUGAAUGGAGUAACUAAAACCUUACCUAUUCUCUUGAAUGGAAGUCGAGUUUCUAUCUAUGCAAUUGGAUCUCACACAUUCCUCAGUGCUGAUUUUGGCCUGACUAUCAAGUACGAUGGACGGUAUACAGUGUCUAUCACUUUGCCUUCAAGUUACAGAGGAAAAACAUGUGGACUUUGUGGAAACUACAAUGGAAAUCCAAAUGAUGAGUUCCACACCCCAUCUGGAAUGAUGGUCACCACUCCACAGGAGUUUGGGACAGCUUGGAAAGUGGCAGGAGAAUACACCUGCAGUGAUGGGUGUGGCUCCUCUUGCCCACAAUGCACCAAUGACCUGCCUGCUAGAGCCCAAUGUGAUUUGAUUCAGGUGGCUAACGGCCCCCUCGGCUUCUGCCAUGAGCAGGUGGACCCAACGUCAUAUUUCAAUGACUGUGUGUUCGAUGUAUGUGUUGGAGGAAAUGAUCUUCUAUGCGAGGCCAUUCAAACAUACGUCAGUGCCUGUCAAUCUGCUAAUGUUCAAAUUCACCCAUGGAGACAGAACACCGAGUGCAGUCUUGACUGUGAAACAAUCAUGCCCAACAGCCAUUAUGAGCUAUGUGGUAACGACUGUGGCCACACCUGUGCUAGCAGCAUUGAUGCCAGCUGUGGGCAGGUUUGCUCUGAGGGAUGUUUCUGUGAUAAACGUUUUCUCAGGAGUGGGACAAAGUGUGUCCCAGAGGAAAAAUGUGGCUGUCAAUAUGACGGCUCCUACUAUGAAGCUGGUGACUCCUUCUGGACCGAGGGUUGCUCACAGCAAUGUGAAUGCCAUGCUCCCAAUGACCUGCGCUGUUCUGCUGCAUCUUGCACUUCAACCCAAGAGUGCACCAUCAGGAAUGGCCAGCUGGGCUGUUUUGAUUAUAUGUCCACUUGCACUGUGUCGGGGGACCCACACUACAUCACUCUUGAUGGAGCAGUGUCUCAUUUCCAGGGCACAUGCUCUUACAUCAUCACUGAGAGUGUGAGCCACGGCCCCAAUGAAACACAGUUUCAGGUGGUAGCCACCAAUAAUCAUCGUGGCAACAACCGUGUCUCCUUUGUGUCAGAAGUGGAUAUAUACCUCUCAAAUCAAACAGAGAGUCUGUUUGUCAAGAUUGGACCCAAUAAAAGAGUAAAGGUAAAUGGACGUAAGGUGUCUCUUCCCACCACUGUAGGAACCUUAGUUCAGGUAGUAAGACAAGGAAGAUACAUAGUGGUUUAUGCCAUUGACCUGAUGGUCCAGUUUGAUGGUCAUAGUAUUUUACUGGUAAGAAUUGACAAACAUCGUGCAAACAGAGUCACCGGGAUGUGUGGAAACUUCAACAGUAACUCUGCAGAUGACAAAGUCUUGCCCAAUGGCACAUCUGCACAAAAUGACAAUCACUUUGGACACAGCUGGAAGUCACCCACAAGCAAACCAGGAUGUGGAUCCACAGAUGAGGACAAUGGUGGAUUAAACGACUGUCCCUUUAAGGAAGAAUACUCCAAGCUCUGUAGUAUCAUCACCAACAGUAGCGGCCCAUUCAGUGCCUGUCACCUGCACUCUGACCCUCAGCCAUUCUUCAGUUCCUGUGUCUACGAUCUCUGCCUCUACACUCCAGCCAAUGGCAUGCUGUGUUCUGCGGUCUCAGCGUACGAUAGCACCUGCUCUGUUUUAGGGUUAAACAUCCCUGAAUGGCACUCGGCUUUACAGUGUGCUGAUUCAGACCCCUGUGAACAGCUGGACUGCACAGAGCAUGAGUGGUGUGGUGAGAAGAACGGUGUGUACGGCUGCUUCUGUGAUGAGCAUCACCAUCGGUCCAACAAUGAGAGCUACGAUUCGUUCAUCACUUGUGCCAGUAGUUCAGGCACCAUGUCCGUGUCACGCUGCCAGCUGUUUGAAGCUGGCUUCCACUCCAGCGCCCUCCACCUUCGAGAUGACUCCUGCAAGGGGACUCUCCAGGACGGACGACUGGUGUUCCACUUUAACAAUCAUAACCAGCUGUGUGGGACCGCUCUCAGGAGCAACGAAACCCAUUUCAUGUAUGAGAACAUCAUCCAGGGCGACGUGGACCCUCAUGAAGGAACCAGCAACCAGAAGAACUUUAACCUGCGUUUCAGCUGUGAAUACGCUCUGGACCAGGCCCUGUCUAUGGCUGUGGGCAUCAACCCAGUAGAGAGCACGAUGGGGAACAACCUUUCAUCUGGUGUGGGUCGCUAUCAUAUGAGAAUGAUCCCCUACAAGGACGCUGGGUUUCGAUUCCGCCUGACCAGCAAUAGGAAAAUAAAAAUGGAAAUCGACCAGAGGUUGUAUGUGGAGGUGCGGACAGAAGGAGUCGAUAGAAGGCAGAUCUCUACUGUUGUGGACUCUUGUUGGGCGACACCGGUCAACCUCGCCAGCUACCCCGUCCGCUGGGAUCUCAUAAUUGCAGAGUGUCCUAACCCAGCAGAUGCUACAGUAGAGCUGCUUCAGAACGGCAUCUCAACUGUGUCCCGAUUCUCCUUUGAGAUAUUCACCUUCUCCAACUUUCCAUGCAUCUACCUGCACUGCCAGGUCCACCUGUGUUUCUUUAGACACAACAACUGCACAGCUGAUUGCUCCCCAGGGUACCACAGUCGAGUUGAGAGGGACGUAUCCUACCAUGUCUCCACAGCAAUCUCUCUCGGACCAAUAACCACGAUGCCAAAUAGUAAAGCCCGAAUGGUGUAACCGAGCAGUGCUUCAGGCAGCUAAAACUCUGACCGAAGGCAAUCAAAGAUGAUUCAUGUUCUUAAAUCACUUAACAUGCAUUUCAUUUUUGGAUCAUAUUUUUUUCAAGAGGCUUUGUGCUUGAGUUGUGUUUUGUAUUUGUGGUCAGGUGAAAAGUAGAAGUUAUUUUGCUAUACAACAGUAGGGCCAGCAUAUAUAAAUUGCACACUGUCACUUGCCUUUUUGUAUUCACUAUUUGGGAUGUUUAUCGAGUGUAUGCUUAGUGUAUUUGUGGUGUUUCUUAUCAUUAAAUAUCUGUCAUAUAAGAAGUAAUCAUGUACAAUGAAGGUAAAA